AUGAGCAUCAAUGAACGUGUUCGAGCAUUAUGCCAGAAAACAAAGCAAUUACUUUUAAAUCUCAACAUCUUUCCAUCUGUUCCACCAACUACCGAUGAACAUCAACUUCGAAAUCAACGCAUUUCAACAAGAUUAUUUAUCUUCACAUUAAUUGUAUCAUUAUCUAUUCUUCUCUUAUAUAUUUCAUUAAUAAAUAUUACACAAACAGUUGAUGUCAAAGCACCCUCUAUCAAACAAUAUGAACAACUCUAUAACUCAUAUAGUCAAACAUUAGCAUGUGAAUGUACACAAAUAUCAAUCCACUAUGAAAAAUUUAUUCAAAUUCGAUAUACAUUACAUGAAAUAUGUCAUAGUGAUUUUAUUACACAAGACUGGAUCGAAUAUCUUUCCACCUCGCAUGGAAACUAUACCGUAUAUACAACUGAUUUUCGAUGGUCAGGCAAACUUGCAUUUCAAGCUAUGAGCGCAUUUUGUACACUAGUGAAUCAAACGAUACUAAAUCGUUUAAUUCAGUUCAAUUCAAAUCAAUAUGUAAGUGCAUUUGUAACACCUUCAGAUGUAUUUAAACUACAAACUGAUGCAUUUAUAUCUCAAUUUAAAUCAACAACAGCUUACGGAUUUUUGCUAUCACUUGCCAUGAUACGAAACACAACUCAAAGUAACAGCUUAUUCAGUGGUAUGCUAACUAAUUACUACCUUUCUGAAUCGUUGGGUGCUAUGUUUCGAAUUCCAGUGUCAUACGGUGAUUGUAUGUGUAGUUCUUCAGGCACAUGCAUUAUGCAAUCGCCAAUUUACCAAUUAGUCAGCGGUACGACGGCAUCUGCUGAUCUAUUAUUCUCUGUUCCAGGUCUUUAUACAGGAUGUUAUAUAAUUGAAUCAUUACUUCAGUCUGAUCUGCAAUGUUUUUAUAGUCAGACAUGCAUCAAUCAACUACAAUCAUAUUUUCAGGUAUCUUCACUUAUGAAUGUGACAGCUCUUGAUACAUCAUUAUCGAACCAGUUUUUGGAAAACUCAACAAUUGGAGAUAUUCUUGAUCAAUUAAUGGUUGAAGAAUGGAUUAACUCAAGCAUGUAUGAAAAUUAUUACGAUGAAUGUAAACCAUCAGACUGUAGUUAUACUGUCACGUCGAAGAAUAGUGCAAUAUACAUUAUUACAACCGUGAUUGGAUUAGUUGGUGGUUUGAUUACCGUGUUGAAACUGAUGGUGCCAUAUUUGGUUAAGUUUAUUAUGUUUUGUAUUAAAAAAUGCAAACAAAGAUCUACCACUAUAAUACCCAUAGAUCAAUCAUAA